AUGACACAAAUACGGCUGCAAACGGCCGCUGAUGCCAUUAGAUGCAAAACUUUCCCAAUGUUCCUGGAGGGGAAGACACAUCAAUGGUUCCAAGGAUUGCUUCCCAGGUCAAUUCGGUCUUUUAGCCAGCUCGCACAGCUGUUCGCAGCUCAGUUUGUUUUGUCACGAGCCUUUUCCAAGAGCACUACUCACCUGAUGACAGUUCAGCAGUGGCCCGAGGAAUCGCUGUGCGAGUACAUGGUGCGUUUCAACAACGAGUCUCUCCAGGUCCGGGACCGGGACGAUAAAGUUGUCAUGGCUGCCUUCAUCAAUGGAUUGCGUAAGCAGAAGCUGUACACUGAGUUCUUUGAAAGACCUCCCAAGUCAGUUCGGGAGAUGCUGGACCGAGCUCACGAGAAAGCUAACGCAGAGGAGGCCAAUCGCUUGAAGAGCGCACAGGAAAGACUGAAGGACGACAGACGCAGAAAGGGCGCCUACCAAGGGGGUACGCGACCUGGUCAGGGAUGGAAAAAUACCUUCGAUCGCCUGCCCAGAAAUCGGUCAGUUGAGAAAGAGAAGGCCUGGACUCCCCUCACAGCACCUCGGGCCCGGAUCCUCGCCGUGAUGCAAUAG